UGUCAAACCCUAAUUUGGUUAUCAUCCCAAAUGUUGCGGUUGUGCAUGUAAACGAUCGAAACAGUUGACUAUCUGUAAUAUUUUAUCUUUGAACAAGAUAAUACUUCUGACAUACCCUUAGCUUGUGUUUUAUUUUUCAAAGUGACAUCUGUUAUCAUAAGUACUGCCAAAUUAACUUUACAUGGAUUUAUAGUAUCAUGAUACUCUGGAACAACCAUGCCUGGAAACACAAAACUGGCCAAAAACUCUGAAGAGACAAGCAAAGAGACAGAAACGUAUUUAAGGAAAAGCUCUGCAAACGGGAACAAAGCCUCGAAUAACAGCAGUAAACAUAAAGAUUGUACUCUGCUGACACCCGUACCACCAGAUGGAGGAUGGGGUUGGGUAAUUACUCUCUCAUCUUUUAUGAUCGGAGUCAUUGUUGAUGGUAUUGCUUUCACGUUUGGAAUUUUCUUCAUCGAGUUCCAGGACUAUUUCGGGGCUAAUAAAAGCACAACAUCGUCAAUCAAUUCUGUACUAACCGGGACUUAUUUGUCAAUCGGUCCUAUUGCUGGGGCACUAACGAAUAUAUUUGGCUGCAGAAAGGUUGCAAUGGCAGGAGCUAUUAUCACAUCAAUUUCUUUCUUCGUUUGCACAUUCUCUCCGAACGUCAAUGUUAUGAUUGUGCUGUACGGAUUUUGUGGUGGAACUGGUUUUGGAUUGAUGUAUUUACCAGCUAUUGUAAUGGUCGGGUAUUAUUUUGACAAACGUCGUGCCCUGGCGACAGGUAUAGCCGUCUGUGGGAGCGGUAUAGGCAGUUUCGCAUUUGCGCCACUUAGUGAGGCCCUCCUUAGCCGCUACAGUUGGAAGGGGGCUAUGUGGAUCUUAUCCGCUAUAUCCCUUAAUGGACUGGUAUUUGCAGCGCUAUUUCGCCCUCUAGAAUAUACAGACACAUCAUUGGAACUCGUGGAGACUUGCGAUGAAGAAAUAGAAAUACAUGCAGACGAUAAUACCAGCAAACCAAUUUACAAUCCACAAUUGCAAAGAGUUAAGGGCGCACCCGAAAACUCUAUUUAUAGAAGUAGAUCUCUUGAAGCAUGUAAUCAACAAAAUGGUAGUAAGGAUUCUGAUAUAGCAAGACUAGGCCAUAGCCUCUUUCUUGAUGCUGAACCAAGAUCUAGGAAACAUGCCAAAGGUAGACAUGUUCUACGUCCUUUGGAACGAAAAGAUAUAUUUUAUAGCGGAAGUGUUCAAAAUCUACCUGAAUAUACAGCGGCAGCAAAUGAAGAAAUGUUCGUGCGAAGUAUGCUAAAACUAGAUCAUUCCGAUACAAGUAGCACAAAAAGCACGAAAAUCUCAUGGCUAAAGCUUUUUAGUAACACGUUCGACUUUUCGCUUUUGAAAAGUCCAACUUUCGUCCUUUACGGUUUAUCCUGUUUUCUUUGCAUGAUAGGUUUUUUCGUACCAUUCAUUUAUAUACCAGACAUUGCAAUAGAGCAUGGGAUGUCUACUUCACAGACAGCCUGGAUUAUUUCAAGUAUUGGAAUAAUCAACACCGUUGCACGUAUAGCAGUCGGCUGGGUGUCAGAUAAGCCAUGGGCAGACUGUAUUCUUAUAAAUACAUUUUGGCUUAUUGUUACUGGAGUUCUCACUAUGUUUGUUCCCUUCUACAAGAUAUACGCUGGUUUGGUGGCAUAUGCUGUAUUGUUCGGAUGUGGUAUAGCUGUAUUUGUAUCACUUCGGUCGAUCAUAGUGGUUGAGCUUCUCGGCAUAGACAAACUUACAAACUCAUUUGGUUUGUUAAUACUUUGUCAGGGAUUGUCCACUUUUAUCGGGUCCCCAAUUGCAGGAGCUUUGUUUGAUGCAACGGGCAAUUACUUGGCAUCAUUUUACCUCGCUGGUGUUGUGAUUUGUCUAUCGGGAUUGAUAUGUCUUCCAUUAAGAAGACUUAGCAGAUGGGAAAAAGCACGUGAAGACAAGAAAAUGGAGGAUCAAAAGAAAAAUGAUAUAGAAACAGUUUUGUUGGACAGAAAGCAAAACAAUGGUGUCGGUAUUAAUAAUAAACAAUAGGACACAAAGUUACCUCAGGAUGGAAGACAUACACUGUUAUAGUCAAACAUUGUUUCGUUUUAUAGCCAAAUAUAUUUGUUUAUUUUAUCUAAUCAAAUUGUAUAGAAAGAUAUUAGCGAAUGUUUAUCUGCUUAUAUUCACAUGUAACUUACGCGCACUUAUGAUUCCAUGUGUUGUAUAUAUAAAAACAAUAAAUAAUUCUUGUACCUGCAUCGAUAAACGUAGCAGUGUGAUAAUGAUUAAAAUACUAAUAAAUGUU